GUGACCUAACCUGCCAUGCACUGGAGAUGCAUGAAGAUUCAGGUGUGCUUUUUGGUUCGUUUGAUUCACGUAAUAUGCUGAAGUAAUGGAUCUUUGAGCUCUGCUGGACUCCGCUUGGAGUUCUCAAGAUCUGAGUGUCCAGAGUCAUGAAACUUAGUCCUUGUCAAGCCGCAUUAUAUGGCAAGUGUGUGCUAACAGUUCAGCUCUGUGAUGAAGGAGAACAGGGGGAGGUGCAGUUCUUCCUGUUGUUCACUGGCUCUGCUCAGAGACAUCUUACCAGCACACUAAAGGUCAACCAUGCCACCCUUCAGGCUGUGUGUCCAGCUCAUAACUGCUGUGAGUCAGUGCUGGUCACCCUGUGCUCAGCGGGACCGGACGGUAACAUUCAUACUCUGGCUACCGAGCACCUACACUUCGUGCAGGACCUGGCCUUCGACAUGGCACAGUUCCUGGUGAGCGCGGUGGGGCAGACGAAUCUGCUGGAGGAGGCUCUGCUACUGGACGAACAUCAGAUCCCUCUGCAGGAGUGCGAAAAGCUGGACCAGAGUCUGUCCCUGGCCCUCAAACAUAUCAUGCUACCCCCUGGCUGGAGCCUGCUGGGGAAUAGCACACGACUGGAACCUCAAGAGACCCUCCUUCACUUUGCAGCCCGCCGCGGGCUCCUCAAAGUGGCCAGGUUUCUCCUCAAGCAGCCAGGGGCCCAAGAGGCCCUCAGCCUGUGUAAUAAACAGGGCUCCACACCGGUGGUCAUCGCCCAGAGUCGAGGACAUACGGCUCUGCUGGAGCUCUUCAGCCGGGAGGGUUUGGAUACAGACAUUGGCGUUGAGACGCUCAGACAGCUCUCCUCCUCGGGCAGUCGUGUGGUGCAGCACCACCCCUCUCUGAACACCUACACCCUCUCUGUGGGCACCGAGCCGGGCUGCGCACCACCCAACCCACAGGCCGACAUCCUGGAACUGUACAGACUGAUCCUUAGCCAUUGUCAAGAGAAGGUGAGUCAGGGAGGAGUUGUGUUUCAGCAGAGCUCAGACUCUCUGCACAUUGCCCAAGAAUGUGAUGACGGCCUGGAGACCAGAGAUUGCUGUUGUGAAGAGGCACCGCUCGACUCCCUUGAGACGAGAGAACGAGGGUUCACUCCUUUUAGCACAGAGGAAAACAAAGGAGAACGUAAUGACCGCCUGGAUCCCUCGCAAAGCAGGGAGGGUGACGGAGGUCCCUCGCUCAGCUGUGAAACUGUCCCGGUUCUCCUAUUCAAUGGCAAUAGCGCAGAUCAGCGGGCGUGUGCUUGUGAAAACAGUGAGACUGAUUGCAGAGAGCAAGAAAAGCGUUCAAGUACUGGUCUAGUUAGUACCGGUGACGUUGGAGAUAGUAGUGAUGGUUUGCAGAUCGGUUCUGAGAGCAUAGUCAACAGAACCUCUUCCUGCGGACAACAGAAAGAGGAAGCUGAUAAAGCGGACGACUUAAUCUGUGAAAUGCCGGUUUGUGCUGAGGGACCUGAGGAGGAAAAUCAGGAAAAAGGACACAACUUUGUGGAGGAGAAAGAGCUAUCUGAACGUAGCCCCAUCGUUGAGGCAGGAGAUAUGGGAAUCACUCAGUCUUUGGACAUGCCGGAAAGCUCGGAUGUUGAAUCUUGUUCACAGGGUGCAGAGACUGAUGAUGAAGAAGAGGAUGAGUGCGGAGAUCUCAUAGAUCCAGAGGAGGUUCGAGAAGAAAGCAAGAAACCACUGGAUCUAAAUCCUGAUGGAGAUACACCUCUGGAUUGCUCGCGACAAAAUUUGGUGGAAAAUGAAAUGCAUGCUUGUGAAGACGUUUGGGAUAAAACCGAUGACACUGGAACCCAGCUAGAGGGAGGCAUUUGUGAGAAGAUCACGUGUAAUGUGGAAGGUAGUGGAGAUCUUGUUUCUUCAGGAACCUGUGAUCAAGAAGACACUGAUGAGGAGUUUCAGGAGAGUCUAGAAAUGCCAUACUUUGAAACAGAUGGCGAGCAACCGAAGGAAGAACUUAGUGAUACAACCUCAAGGACUACGGUUGCUGAAGAUAAGAGCGUUUUACACCGGCAUGAAGAAAAUCAAGAGCUGUUGCCUGUAGAAAAGACAAUUCUUUCAAGUGAAGAAAGUGAGUUUGACGGACAGAAACUAAAUUCUUCCAGCGUCUUACAAAAUGAGCUUGGUCCAGAACCUGGAUCUUCCACAGCAACUAGUGAGGACACCUUAGAAGAUCUAGAGGUUCUUUUAGGUUCUAGCUUUGAGAUGAUGGAGAACGUUCAAGGGAACCAGAAGAACGAACCCGUUUGGGAAGCUCAGGCAUCAGAGGAGGAAGUUCUGCGGAUUCCCGCAGAUAUGGAGAAAGUGAAUCUCCCAGAUGACUCCUCUCAGGAUCCCAGACAGGAAAUGACCUCAAACAGUGAGGUCAUGCAGGGCACAGCAGCAGUAGUCCUUUCAGAAGAGGAUGCGGGUGUAGUUUUUGUAAACACAGAUGAAUCGGGAGAUCAACAUGUCUUGGUGGAUCCCUCAGACAUAUUCGCUUCAUCAAAUGAGUUUGGGGUCUCUGAGGAAAGCCUGGCAGUCAAUGCAGAAGAUCUGUUGGGUGUUUCGGUCCACACCGACCAUCUAGAUGGUGCCUUACAUGUCCCAAAUGCUCUUGCUGAGGAUGACAUUAUAGUUUCUUCUGUAUGUCCUGAGCAAGCCCUAGCAAGCUUAGAUCCUGUGUCUCAAGAGACAGAAGCUGCAGUGCAGGAAGCUGUACAACCAAUGGGUGAAGAAGACCUACUGAAGGAGUCAGAUGCAAGUUUGGAGGAUCAGACGGACUCUCAGAAGACAAUGUGGCCUGAUAUCACAGACAAAAAAGAUGCACCAGUGAUCCACAGAGACAAAGACACACUGUGUUCCAGUGUUUCCCAGAAGAGACACAGCUUAUCCACAGAGAGUUCACAGUAUCCAGAGUUUCACACUUGCAAUUCAGAAACGGUCACAUUUCGAGACUCAGGAAGCGAUACAGAUGGAUUUCUCAGCCCUGACACUGGAGAAGACAACAUCUUCAGAAAGGGGCAGGAGGCAGUAGGGGGAGGCGACAGCACGAGUGAGGUGUCCGUCUCCUGCUCCUCCACAGACGAGCAUCCCAGCUCCUCGGCCGAGAGCUCAGAGGAGGUGCGGGACAGAGGGGAGGCGGAAGACGAGGCCAAAGACAGCUUAACGGAGGUGCCGCUGCCCACCUCUCUCUUCCGCUCCACCGUACGCUCGCUCUCUCCCUUCCGCAGACACAGCUGGGGUCCUGGGAAGAACCAGGGAGGGAAAGAAGAGAUGAACCAGCGCAGUUCUGUACGAAAUACAGGAGAGGAAAAGCCUGUGUUUUACCGAAGAAGUUUGAGCUGGUGCCCCAGUGAACCCUGUCGAGAGCUGGAAGAAAUUAGAGAGCUCAUCAGGUACUGUGUUGUGUGCAAGCUUCCUGUAAAUCCAACCGGAGAGCCAACCCCUCUGACUAGCACAAAGAGCUUUUGCAUCAUCAUUUGCAUUACCUGUUUGCCAGAGCAAAGUGAAGCGUUUGUUUAGGCCUUAUUCUGUGCUGCUUCAGUCAGCCUCGGUAAAGCUUAGAGAAAUUAUGGCUUUUAAAAGUUAGAUAUGUUGCUGCCGAGAUACUUAGAGGAGCUGCUUAUUGCUGUAUAGAUUUUUGGUGUAGUUUUUUGUUGUUGUUGUUGUCGUUACAUGAUGACUAAUAUUGUUGUUCUCGUAACCGGUCCGAAUGUCAGGUAAGAGGAUGUUUGUAACAAACCUGCUUCAGAUUGUUGCACUGAAAUGUAAAAUAGU